CCCUGAAGCGAUAAUGGAGGAGAGAAGGAGCUAGCCCCCGAAGGAGUGUUGGAGGGGACACACCUGGGACCGGACCCAUUUUCAAAAUGUCAGGCUUUUGCAUUUUGUCCAGUUUAUCCUCACCUAGUUUCUUUCGUGGGCAGGCCAAGCCCUCCCUGAACUCCACCUCGUUGCCCGAUUCUCUCAGGCCCAGGUGGGGCCCAGAUUCUUCUUUGUCCUGCCCCGGUCCCCUACCCUUGUGGCUGCUGCUUUUUUAUUGAGGUGUUUUUGUUUUGUUUUGUUUUUAAUUAGAAAUGCCGUCGCAAAGUGAAGAUGCCUGGCCACUUGGUCGACUGCACAAUGUCUUUACCACUCUUAGCCCCUUUUGUUUCAACAAACCCCGAGUCUUAGUGCAAUGUUUGUUCUUCCCAACUGCUCCUGGUUCCUAAAUGUGGGUACAUUAAGGAAUCUUAAGAGCAAAGAGGGUGGGGUGGAGGGGACAGAAAACCUGUAAUCUUUGGUGCAACUCCAAGAACGAAAUGACGCUUGAUGCUUACAUUUUCUUAGCAGACAUGACCACUUACCACCAAGAAGGGCAGAUGCAGCUGCCCCGAGCUGAUGCCAUUCGUUCACGUCUCAUCGAUACUUUCUCUCUCAUCGAGCAUUUGCAAGGCUUGAGCCAAGCUGUGCCGCGGCACACUAUCAGGGAGUUACUUGAUCCUUCCCGCCAGAAGAAACUUACGUUGGGAGAUCAACACCAGCUAGUGCACUUCUCUAUAAAGCCUCAACGUAUAGGACAGAUUUCACAUGCCCAGAGGCUGUUGAGCAAGCUUCAUGUGCGCUGCAGUCAGAGGCCACCUCUUUCUUUGUGGGCCGGAUGGGUCCUUGAGUGUUCUCUCUUCAAAAACUUCAUCAUCUUCCUGAUCUUUUUGAAUACGAUCGUAUUGAUGGUUGAAAUAGAAUUGCUGGAAUCCACAAAUACCAAACUAUGGCCAUUGAAGCUGACUUUGGAGGUGGCAGCUUGGUUUAUCUUGCUUAUUUUCAUCCUGGAGAUCCUUCUUAAGUGGCUAUCCAACUUUUCCCUUUUCUGGAAGAGUGGCUGGAAUGUCUUUGACUUUGUUGUUACCAUGUUGUCCCUGCUUCCCGAGGUUGUGGUAUUGGUAGGGGUAACAGGCCAAUCGGUGUGGCUUCAGCUUCUGAGGAUCUGCCGGGUGCUGAGGUCUCUCAAACUCCUUGCACAAUUCCGUCAAAUUCGAGUUAUUAUUUUGGUCCUGGUCAGGGCCCUCAAGAGCAUGACCUUCCUCUUGAUGUUGCUGCUCAUCUUCUUCUACAUUUUUGCUGUGACUGGUGUCUACUUCUUCUCAGACUACACCCGUUCACCUCGUCAGGACCUGGUGUACCAUGUGUUCUUCUCGGACCUCCCGAAUUCCCUGGUAACAGUGUUCAUUCUCUUCACCUUGGAUCAUUGGUAUGCACUGCUUCAGGACGUCUGGAAGGUGCGUGAAGUCAGUCGCCUCUUCAGCAGCAUCUAUUUCAUCCUUUGGUUGUUGCUUGGCUCCAUUAUCUUUCGGAGUAUCAUAGUAGCCAUGAUGGUUACUAACUUUCAGAAUAUCAGGAAAGAGAUGAAUGAGGAGAUGGCACGUCAGGAGGUUCAGCUGAAAGCUGACAUGUUCAAGCGGCAGAUCAUCCAGAGGAGAAAAAACGUGUCACAGGAGGGACUGAAGUCAAGCCAUAGCAAAAUAGAUGACAGUACAAGAGGAGCUGGUCAACAAAGGGAAAGUUUGGACUUAUCAGAAGUGUCUGAAGUAGAGUCUAAUUAUGGUGCCACUGAAGAGGAUUUAAAAACAUCUGCAUCAAAAACAGAAGAGACCUUGUCAAAAAAGAGAGAGUACCAGUCUUCCUCCUCUGUUUCCUCCACAUCCUCUUCCUAUUCGUCCUCUUCUGAAUCCAGAUUUUCUGAAUCUAUUGCAUUCCUCCCAACAGGUCAUUUGGACUGGGAGACUCUUGUGCAUGAAAAUCUGCCCGGGCUAUUGGAAAUGGAUCAGGAUGACCGUGUUUGGCCCAGAGACUCACUCUUCCGAUAUUUUGAGUUGCUAGAAAAGCUUCAAUAUAACCUAGAGGAGCGUAAGAAGUUACAAGAGUUUGCAGGUAUGGAGUUAGGGCAGUCAUGGGGACCAUGGGAAUAUAUAUAUAGCGUUUAUAACUGUGGAGGAGGAGGAGGGUGUCCGCUAUUCUGGCAUCUCAGCUUCUAAAUUUCUGCCUAUACCUAAAAUAGGCAAAUUCUUGGUUUGGUUUGUCACAUUCUGGGCAUGUGUCCCACUUUUCCCUAACUGAGAGAGAACCUAGAAACUCUGCUUCUGUAGCACGGGACGCCCAAAUCCUAUGAGGUAUGAGAGCUUAUUUCCCAAGAAGAGAAAGUCUAAUCCCAGUUGUUGGGAAUUAGGACAAGGUAGGCUCUUGCUUGAUUUGGGCAGCCCACCGGUUUCUGCACGUUUGUUCUCUCUGAAGAUUGCAUUUCAGACUUGAGCAGCAGGGCCUAAGGCUCAAUCUGGAGAGCUAUGGGGGAUCAGAUAAUGAGCAGGAGGCCCACAAGUGCUCACUGUUCUAACUCCCUAAAGAAGUUUAUGAAUUCUAAACUUCUGUUUGUAUCUGCCCCUUCUAGUGUCAGCCUCUAUAAAGAUAAAUAUGUGAUUUCAAUAGUAGAGUUUGAUGUAAACUGAGCACUAUCUUUUCAAAGUUAUUUUUCCUAAAUUUCAUUACUUCAUGACUAAUUUUGAUUAAUACAGUUUCCCUCUAAAAGCAAAAAAAAAA